AUGAAGGCUCCAAAGGUUAAAUCCGCUGCAAAGGAGGACAAGGUCCUUACCAAGGUCAAGGAGGGUGGUGUGAAGAAGUCUACCAUGAAGUCGAAGGUUCCUGCAGAGGUUGUCGCUAAGAAGGUUGAGAAGUUGAAGAAGAAGGCUCCUACUCCGUCUGAGAGCUCUGAGUCUGAGAGCUCCGAGAGCUCCGACAGCUCUGAGGAGAGUGAGGAGGAGGAGGAGAAGGCUGCUCCUGUCAAGAAUGGUGCUGCUGCUGCUGACUCUUCGUCUGAAUCAUCUGACUCCGAUGAGUCCGAAUCCGAGGACGAGAAGCCAGUCAAGAAUGGCGCCAAGGUCGCCAAUGACGAGAAGGCCGAUAGUGAGAGUGAGAGCGAGAGCGAGAGUGACGAGGAGGACAGCGAGGACUCUGAUGACGAGGAAGAGGUAAAGAAGGCCCCUAAGGAGACCAAGGCCGCCGUCAAGAAGGACGAGGUCUCUGAAUCUGAGGACUCCGAUGACUCCGAGGAGUCUGAGUCUGAUGAGCCUGCCAAGGCAAAGAAGGAUGAUGACGAAGAGGAUGAGGAAGAGGAAGAUUCUGACGACUCUGACUCCAGCGAGGAGGAAGAGGAGAAAGAGGCUGAGAAGCCACAGAAGAAGCGCAAGGCCGAGGAAGAAGCCGAGCCUGUUGCUAAGAAGGCCAAGGUUGACGUUCCUGAGGGUGCCUCUGCCAACCUCUUUGUCGGUAACUUGUCGUGGAAUGUCGAUGAGGAGUGGCUCCGCUCUGAGUUCGAGGAGUUCGGUGAGCUUGCUGGCACUCGCAUUGUCACUGACCGCGAAUCUGGCCGAUCCAGAGGAUUCGGAUAUGUCGAAUUUGUCAAUGUUGAGGACGCCGUCAAGGCUCAUGCAGCUAAGAAGGACGUCGAGCUCGACGGCCGCAAGAUGAACCUCGACUACGCCAAUGCCCGUGCCAACGGCAACGCAAACCCACGCGAGCGUGCUGACAACCGUGCCAAGUCCUUCGGCGACCAGACCAGCCCCGAGAGUGACACCUUGUUCAUCGGCAACAUCUCCUUCUCCGCCGAUGAGAACAUGGUCCAGGAGCUCUUCUCUAAGUAUGGAAUGAUCCAGGGCAUCCGUCUGCCCACUGACCCUGAGUCUGGCCGCCCCAAGGGCUUCGGCUACGUCCAGUUCUCCUCCGUCGACGAGGCUCGCGCUGCCUUGAGGCCGAGCAGGGUGCUUACCUUGUGGCGUUCCGUCCGUCUUGAUUUCAGCACCCCCAGCAGC